GUCGCGUUAACAGCUCUGUCGCUCACACAAGCGCGCUCACACACACGCUCGCCGCUUAUUCGCUCGUUUACUUUCGCUCGCGAGCGGUUCCGUGAACGGCCAUUGUUCCCGCCACAAUGCGUUGACAUUACGAGUACGUUCGGAAACGAUUAAUUGACGUGAUUAUUAUCAUUGAUUGUUUUUAAACGUUUCUUAAUCUGUGACCUUUUAUAAUUGGGUUCUUUUUUGGUGUAAUGUGAUUGGAUACGGAUACAGGACCGGUCGGGAAGCGGCAGAACGCGGGACUUCAAAGCAGCAUCCGACAUCAAACGCCGACCACUCGACCCCGCGGGGGCUAUUAAACGUUAAUUCAAUCAUAAAAACAAACAUGCGCGACUAUUCUCGUAAAAUUCGCGAUUAAAUGAUACACAUGAACGCAGAACAAGACGGAAAACCGAUACACACUAAAGACACUGGAGAGAUGCAAACUGUCGUGUCGAAUUACGUGACGCCGAGCUUAAUUACGCAAGCCGAUAGGUUGAUAUCUCACAGCUAUUCCGCUGAUAACUACACGGAGUACUAUGGAGAUGACGUAGAUAGGUUAUCUCUCGAAGGUAGAGACGAAAGAGAUGAGAGAGAUGAAAAUAUCAACGUCGAUGAGGACGAUAAAGAGGAAGAACUGGUCAUCGCUGACGAUGUUACAGAUGAUACGAAUAUUGAUGAUAGAUGCGAUGAAAGUACACACGAUUCCUAUAUAAAUAGAAACCAGUUAGAAAGAUGUGUAGAAGAGAGUGCCAUACAAGAAGAGAACAGUAAUUUAAACAGUGAUAGAGAAGAAAGCGGCGAACCGUCAUGGCAUCCGCACGUUUAUGGCAAACCUCCCAAAAAGCCUACACCUCACACCAUAGAAUACAUUUUAGGUAUAUCUGGAGAGGUGAAAGAGCAACGGUCGACGGUGAGUCAAUUAAUGAAUGUGAAGCGAAAUUUUGCGAUCAAAAAGACUUUUAACUAUAAAGAGAAGAGUACACAAGUGCCGAGGGAUAUGACGGAGAGGAAGGUUAGUCUCAGUGUGCAAAAGAAUAAGCUGCAAGAGCAGUUGCUGCAACGCGGUGUUAGAACUAGUAACAGUGAUUAUGACAAAGUGUACCCCUUCAAGAGUGACGAGCAGCCGCUGAAUCUUUCCGUGCCCAAGCCCAAGGAUUCGCCAGCGUGGAGCCCUGCUGGGGACGAAGAUAAGUUUAACAGAGAUACAAAACACAUGAAACGCAAGAAGUCCACUGACUCGGUCCGUUCGCCGCUGGGCGGGGAAGGCUCCAUGACCAGCGAGGAAGGCGAGGAGCUGGGGCGGCGCAAGAAGGCGCGCACCACCUUCACCGGCAGACAGAUCUUCGAGCUGGAGAAGCUGUUCGAGGUGAAGAAGUACCUGUCUUCUGGCGAGAGAGCUGAUAUGGCCAAGCUGCUGAACGUCACCGAGACGCAAGUAAAAAUAUGGUUCCAAAACAGAAGAACAAAAUGGAAGAAGAAGGACAAUUUAUCAAACGCAGAAGUAGCAGAAAUAAAACAGCAAAACAAGCCAAACGCAGAAGAGAAGACUGAGGAAGUACAAGACCCGCUGGCCCUGGACAUGUCCAAGAAAACGUGCAAUAAAAUACUUAGUGAAAAAUUAAGAAACACUCCACAAAAAGUGCCCCUACCACAGAUACCAAAACCUAGGAAAGUAGAGAAGGGGGUCGUUCUAGAAUCGAUAUGCGACUCGAAUGAUAUAGAAAGUAGGAUAUCGAUUACGAAGAUAACGAAUAAACUAUCGAGUACAGAUCUCUCGGAAGCUGUGUCGGUGAAGAGUUUCACUCCCGAAGAGGUGAAAGAGAAGUAUGACUCCAGAGAGGUGGAAAUGUAAAAUUUAACUUAUUUUUUGUUAAUUAUAUUGUACGAUGGUCUGGGGGCCUGGCGUGUAUUUUUUAAAAGAGAUAGCAAAGGUUUUUAACAAAAGGCGAAAGUGAAAGAUUAUUACACCUUCACAUUACACCGCAACUGUAGGACUGAUUUGGCUGAGGAAUAGACCCUUUAGCUUUAGAUUUAGACCCUGAAUUAAACAAAUGCUACUUUUUACAUCGAAAAAAUCCACGGUUCCUGAGUUGUGAAAACAAAAGUACAAGCGAACGGAGUCAUAAGCGACCUCUUAGUUUAAUAUAAUAUAAUUUGCCCGUUGUAUAGACUAACUAUAAAUUUAGGCUUUUUCGUUUUUUUUCUCUUCAAAAAAAGUAAAAAGUCAAUUUAGCCCAUAACCUUACACUAAACUUGCACCGCUUCGUCUCGAGCGUUGUACUGCUCUAUGAAUUUAUACGGAUCAACUCGCUCGCAAGCUAUCACGAAGGAAGCAAGUCGGUUGCCGAGUGGCAAUGACGAGCUAUGACCUCCACAACUCUGAUGAUAGAUCAUAACUACAAAUAUGGAAUACAUGUUACGCCCCCUGGAACGAUCUCUGAUAGGUUACUUUUGUAAGCGUGAGUGUGAUUGCAAAUGUUACUGUAAAGCUGUGUGUCAACCGCCUAACAAAGUUCCGGAAAAAACGAAGUUUCCCUUUGCAAUUAAUACCUUGGCAUGGAAUAUCCUUUAGGUUUAUUUUUUGCAUCUUUGCUUAGUACAAGCUACUGUUGGCCUACAAUGAAAAAUAAUUGUCGGCGGUGGACAUAGAGCUUUAAAAGAACUCAAUUAAACUACACAAUUGUAUAAAUACUUUUGCAUAUUAUCAUAAUUUUCAUUAUGCACUUUGUUUAUAAAUUGAUUCAUUUUAAUACCUACUAAAAUGUAAAACUACAUGAGAUGUAUACGAGUAUAAUAUACUUUUUUUCUUCUUAGAUAGAUUAAAGUAAUCUAUGGGUAACCAAUGAAUAUUCAUUAGUUACCCAAAGAUAAAAACUCAAAGGCAAAAGAUAGUCGAACACAAAACUAGGUUUUGAAAUAAUUUACCUUGACAAACUAAACCUUUUUUUUGAGGAUUUCAUUGAUGAGAAAAGAAAUAUACUGAGUAUCUAUAUAUGUAUGCUAUUUUUCCCUAGUAGAUAUUUGUACCCGUACCGGUCUAUGAAACGAAAGAACUAUUUCUUGCGUACAUUUAUAUACACAAACCCAAAAAAGUAGGUUAAAAAAAUUACCAGAUAAAAAUAAUCAAGAUACUUACAACUCAAUAUGCCACAGCAAACAUGCGACAAUUUGUCUUGAAGAAUUAAUUACUAUAACUGCUUAUUUUUUACUAAUAAUAAUAUAUGUAUACCUACAGGUACAUAGUACGGCAGUAUUUUGGAAAUCGAUUAUUUGACCCAGCGUGGUCAUCAAAAGGCUUACUCUUAUGUUGGGUAAGAAGUGGCGCCAACUUAUGAGAAAUAAAUUAAAUCUUUUUUUAUUAUGUUAUACAACAUAACCUUCAAUAGUGUGCAAAUAUUACCAGUUUAUGUACCUUCUGUAUAUAUUUUUAAGUUGAUCUUCAAAAAUAAUAUAAGUACGAAGAUUCCCAGCUAAGAUACCUUCUCUAUGUUUUUCUUACAUAGUGCCAAAGCUAUACGCAGGCUCUUCUCAUUUAAAGUUGCAAAGUCCUUUCAACAUACUGUUAUAAUAAGUAAAUAAUAAUUAGACAUUAUAUUUGUCGUUAAGACUCAGACAAAUAACUAAAAUACCAACGUAAUAGUAUUUUCAGAUUCAGAAUAGUAUAUUAAGAUCAUACAAUACACUCAUUAAACAGAUAAGUCUAUAAUAUUUACGUUGCUUUUUAGUUUGUCAAAUUAAAAAGCUUCAUUUUUGUGCAAUACUAUUUUUAUGUGUGAAACUAGCAGAUUUUUUUAAUAUUUUUAUUGCCAUAGGAGCCAAUAAAGCUGUACUAGCACAAAGAGACUCAUAGAGCUGUAUAAGGGUUAUAUAAACUAUAGCCUCUAUAUAACUUUAGGCUUUCGUAUCUCUCUCAUUGGUAGCUCUGCUAGUAGAUGUUACGAUAUUUUUGUGUGAUUUAAAAUAACUUCGACAGCAAUGUAUAUAAUAAUAUAUAAUAAUUUUAUUAUAACGUCAGUCUGUGUUGACUUCAAUAGUAAUAAUAUUUUUUACUUUGUAUAUAGUUUAGUUGUAACAUUAGCGCUUUGAUUUUCUAUGCCAUUAUCGUACCUAAUAAGCCAUGUCAAUUGUGACAUAUCUUUAAAUAUAAGGAUUUAUAGUCCAAUAUAAUGUCAUAGUGAAUUAAUGCGUUGUUUUAUUUUGUUAGUGAUUUUACGAACAUUGUUUAAGCACAACUUUCUUUAAUUAUUUACUCGAAUUGUGUAUCAUUUUAUUUAUUAAUUAAUUUGGUCUGUCAUCCAAUUAGCACAAAAAAUAAACUCCUCUAUUAGAGUAUGUGGCUAUAACUCAUACUGCACUGUUUUGUCGCAUUAGUGCAAAUUUUGUUUUUACAACAAAAGCGUUAAAGUUUCCUGACUAAUGUAGAUCCCAGUUAAAAAACGGCAUUGUAUUUAGCUUUUAUUUAAAGUAUUAUUAGAUACAUAUGUUCAUAAUUGUAACGUUUUUGUGCUAAUUGGUCUACCAAUUAUAAAUAUUUCAUAUGUCUGAUCUUCAUACAAAAACAAUAUCAAUAGAGUAAACGUUACCUUACUGCUAGAAGACGACUUUUGAAUGUAAGAAUCCAUAAUGUGGCGCGACAAAAUACUCAUCUUUAAAUAAUAUUAAUUAAUUAAAAAAAACGGCUAAAAUCAUGUGAUACAACGUCGUUUCGAAAACCAUACGAGGCCCUUCGUCACUUCAGGAACCUUUUACAUUGUUUUAUGUAAUGUAAACUUCAUUUCUUUUAGCUAUUAAAAUGUACAUAAAAUGUCUUAUAAUAUGAUGGUGAGCAUCGAUAUCCUUCGCUAUCUAAGCUCGCCCGAAUUCAACAUAUUCAACCUACACAUUGCAUUUGUAUAGGUACUUUAUAAGUUUGUGGAAUGGUUUAAGAAAAUAUUAUUUGUCUUGCAUACUUCCGAUUAGUUCUUUAAAGUAUACAAAUCAGUGUUAUUUAUAUUUAAAAAAAAAAUAUUCGCAUUAAGAUUUUUUUUUAAAAGUCACAUUAAGACAUUUUUGUCGCACGACAGUCUUUAGUCUGGUGUGGCCAAAAGCUGCAGUAAGGUGACGACUAUAUCAAAUAAGAAUAAUUUUGCUUCCUAUAGAAAUAAGACAAAAAUUGUAAAUUAUUUAUUGAACUGCUGAAAGUAGGAGAUUUCGGAGAGUGAUUAAGAUUGUAGCUUAGUGUUAGAGAAAACGGAUUGAAAAAUACAAUAGUUU